AUGAACUAUCCCUCUUCCCCUUAUUCUUGGGAUGAACUUCUCCAUCAUCACAGCUUCCUUCCAUCUCCCCUAGAAUAUCAUCAACUAAACUCACCACAACUCUUCAGUGCCUUCGCAGAUCACGAACCACCAGAAUCGUCCAAUACAUAUUGGUCGAGGAGCACGAAUAACGACGAAGAGAUGAUCUUGAAGAUGAAACAAGAGCAAGAAUUAAUAGCGGAUGAUAUAAAGAACGAGGAGAAACGUUACAUAGGCGUUCGAAGACGGCCGUGGGGGAAAUUUGCAGCGGAGAUUCGAGAUUCUACCAGAAAUGGAAGGAGGGUUUGGCUGGGAACAUUUGACAGCGACGAGGAGGCGGCCCUGGUGUAUGAUCAAGCUGCGUAUUUGAUGCGCGGAUCUCUCGCUCAUCUCAAUUUUUCGGUGAAAAGAGUACAAGAUUCUCUCCGAGAAGUCAAGUAUAGGUGUAAGGAGGGAUGUUCUCCUGCCGAGGCCUUAAAGGAGAGCCAUAAGAUGAGAUGUAAUACUAUGAGAAGUAAGAACAAGAAGAUUAACAAACAAAAUAGUAAUAUGUUUGUAUUCCAGGACUUGGGAGCUGAUUUGCUAGAGGAGCUUCUUAACAAGUCUGCAGAGAGUUCUUCUACAUGUUUUUAG